AAGCGCCCUGCGGCGGAGACGAGGCCGCGAGUGCGCAUGCGCCACACGGGGGAGGGCGGUGCCUUGUGCCGGGCGCUAGGGCGCAUGCGCAGUGGGCGAGGCCGUGCUCUGCCCAGCUGCGCUCUCGGCUGCCCGGUCCCGGCCCGCUUGGCCCGAGCCCGGCUCCGCCAUGUCCUACGGCCCGUUGGACGCGCGCCGGCCCGGGGGCCCCCAGGGGCAGCCUCCGCCCCGGGACUUCAGCGGCAUCAUCCAGACCUGCAGCGCCAACGUGCAGCGCAUCGCUCAGUGCACUUCUCAGAUAAAGAAUUUGAUGAGCCAGCUUGGAACCAAACAGGACUCCAGCAAAUUGCAGGAAAACCUACAACAGUUACAGCAUUCUGCAAACCGGCUCGCCAAGGAGACAAACGAGUACCUAAAGGAGCUGGGAUCUCUGCCACUUCCCUUAUCAGCUUCUGAACAGCGCCAACAGAAAUUGCAGAAGGAGCGUUUAAUGAAUGACUUCUCUGCAGCCUUAAAUAACUUCCAGGCAGUGCAGAGAAGAGUGUCUGAGAAGGAGAAGGAGACUGUCGCCAGGGCACGGGCUGGCUCUCGUCUCUCGACUGAUGAGAGAUUCAAAGAGGAGCAGCUGGUCUCGUUUGAUAGUAAUGAAGACUGGAAUCAAAUGCAGUCUCAAGAAGAAGAUGUAGCAAUAACUGAACAGGACCUUGAACUCAUUAAAGAGAGGGAAACGGCAAUCAGGCAGUUGGAGGCAGACAUUUUGGAUGUCAAUCAGAUAUUUAAGGAUUUAGCUAUGAUGAUUCACGAUCAAGGAGACAUGAUUGAUAGCAUAGAAGCAAAUGUGGAAAGUUCAGAAGUGCACGUGGAAAGAGCCAGUGAACAGUUACAGAGAGCUGCUUAUUAUCAGAAGAAAUCUCGUAAGAAGAUCUGCAUCCUGAUUCUUGGCCUUGCUGUGGCUUCUGUAAUCUUAGGACUCGUUAUUUGGCAGGCAACAAAAUGAAGUCCUCAUAAGGAGUCUAAUUUCAUUGCAGAGUUUUCCCCUGGGAAAACAGGCUGACUAGUCUUGGAAAUGAAUUGACCACCUUGAGAGAGCACAAACCAGAAUGUCCUCUAGUAAUAGAUUUAGAAACUAACAUGCAGAUAACUAGUACUUGGAAUUAGUGAACAUUGGAGACAGUAUUUAUCAGUUUAUGUACAAAUUCUAUUGCUUUAUGUAACUAAACUAUUUUGUAUUUUUUUGCUUUCUGUAUUGUAUUAUGAUUACUCCCUGUCCCAACUGUAUCUUGAAGAAUGUGAUCAGUAAUUGGAGAUGUCUUGUUUUGGACAAGUGGCACUACAAUUCUUCUAACAUGUUUAUAUGUAUAGUUAUUCUUUGUAGGAGUGGUGCAAAUAGGAGUUACUUCCAAAGAGUGCACAAUGCUGAUUCUCACUUUACCUUGACUCACCAAUUCCUAAAAUCUCUAAUAUUUGCCCCAUGGUUUGAUUAGUCUCCAGGUGGCCAUAGCUCUUAACUCUUCUAAAGAAACUUUACCGUUACAUCUUUGAAUGGUAAGGAUUAAAAUGCAUGAGUGCUGAAGUUGGAACCACUAGUGGGCUCAGUGACCGAUCAGUUUAGUCUAUAGAUAAUUGUAACUGUUUUUAUUAAUGUUUGGUGGUGGGUUUUUUCACAUCAGUGUUUGUGGUGACAAUGCAGCAUUUAACAUAACAUUCUCUAACAAUAUAUUCUUCCCCAGUGAGACUAUAGCUGGUGGCUUACUGUUAUCAAACACAUCUUCCCACUCGGCACCCCCACCACUUGUGUAGAAUUAAAAAAUUGCUAUUGAAAUGCCCUGUGGCAUAGGCAACCCUAAAAUCUGUAACUACCCAUUUAGUUUUUAACUAGUUAAUGUGACAACUUCACAUUUUUAAUGGUGGUGAGAGAGCCAUUCAAGGUUGGAAACUGAGCCCUAGGGUUUAUUGAACUUUCUUUCUAGUUUGCAUUAGGCCAAAUUGAAUUGUUUAGAAAUGACCCUUGAAAAGCUCUAUUACUAGUCAGCAGUGUGGAACUGGUACUAGAACAGGUGGUAUGCAUUGUGUGAACAAAUACCAGUCAUGUACAUCUAAUACUCUUACUCUUCUGUUCAUAAGGGAUACAAAAUUUGGUUUAGUAACUCAAUAGUAGUUUUAGAUUGGCAGAGGGUAUUGCUUGACUAAGUCUUUCUGUGGAAGAGAUCUCUGGUUCUACUUAGUGUUCUGUAAUAGGGCUGGAUAGCGCUUACCUGCUACCCCCAUUCCUCAAUGUGGUUCUGAACUGAAAUGCACUGAUGGAAAAAUAAGAUUGUAGCUAAAGAUCAUCAUUGUGUGGUUAACUGCAACAUACUGGCCCAUUUUGUAUUUAAUCUUUAUUCCAUGUCUGUCUUAGUUAAAAUACUAAACUAAAUGUGAAAACUGCAGAGGGAAUGUGUUGUCAUAAUUGCACAAUUUUUUGCACUAUUGCACCAUCAUUCCAUCCAAUAACUGUCAAUAAACAUUUUAAAAAGUC